AUGCUUGCCAUCUUCAACCAACCCCACCCCCUCUCUCCUAUUCCCGCACCUCCCCUCACGCGCACCUCCCCUCACGCGCACCUCCCCUCACGCGCACCUCCCCUCACGCGGACCUCCCCUCACGCGCACCUCCCCUCACGCGCACCUCCCCUCACGCGCACCUCCCUUCACGCGCACUUCCCCCCACCUGCAUCUCCCCUCGCCUCCCCGCCCCAGGUGGUGCGCGCCAUUGCUCUACCGGAGAGCUCCUCUCAGCUCUGCGCCUCAAAACAUGGGCAGUCAAUGAGUCACUCAGUCAUUGACGCCCAAACCCUUUACAUCUUGCUCUUUUUAUUCCCUCCUCCCCUCCAUCCCCCUCUCUCUUCCACCCCUUCAGUUGGUGCGGGCCAUAGCUCUACCAGAGAGCUCCUCUCAGCUGGACACGGGCAGUCAGUCAUAGAGGCCCAAACCCUUCACAUUUCGCUCUUUUUAUUCCCCCCUCCCGUCUCUCCCGCCUCAGGUGGUGCGGGCCAUAGCUCUACCGGAGAGCUCCUCUCAGCUCCGUACACGGGCAGUGCUGCCCGCCAUAGCUCUACCGGAGAGCUACUCUCAGCUGUACACGGGAAGCCAGUGGUGCGGGCCAUAGCUCUACCGGAGAGCUCAUCUCAGCUGUACACAGGCAGUCAGGACGGGACGAUCCGAGUGUGGGACUGCACUUCAGGGCAGUGCGUGAGUGCAGCGAGCAUGGGGGGAGACGUGGGAGCUCUGAUCACCAACUCUGGAUGGCUCUUUGUUGGCCUGCCCAACCUCGUUAAGACAUGGGUGCUGGCGAGUGGAGUGCAGAGUGACUUGCCAGGCCCUACAGGGUCGGUGCACCAGCUGCUGCUGCACAACGGGAUGCUCUUUGCCGCCUGCAGUGUCGGCAAGAUUCUGUGUUGGAAGUUCAACCCUGCUUCCCAGCAGUAUGAGCCGGUGGCGUCACUGACAGGCCACACGGCUGCUGUGGACGGCAAGAUCCUGUGCUGGAAGGCAACAAAUGCAGCAAUACAUAUUUCUUUCCCCCCUCCCCCCUCCCCCCACAUUUCUCAGGACGGCAAGAUCCUGUGUUGGAAGUUCAACCCGGCCUCACAGCAGUUCGAGCCCGUGGCGUCACUGAUGGGCCACACGGCUGCUGUUGUGUGCCUUGAAGCCACUGCCACGCACCUCUUCUCUGGAUCCAUGGAUAAGAGCAUCAGAAUCUGGGAUCUCAGCACGGGAGCAUGUGUGCACAUAGUGCCAGCUCACGAUCAUGUGGUGAUGGCGCUGGUGGCCUGGCAAACUCACCUGCUCUCCUGCUCGCUGGAUGGGACAGUCAAGGUGUGGGCGCCGUCAGCAGCAGGAGGGGGCGCCAUCGACCUGGCGUUCACUCACACAGAUGCGGACGACAAGGGAGGUAGCGGGCAGACCGACAGGGAACCGGACGGAGCGCUGGUCAUGAAAGUGAGCACGGACCUGGCAGGCAAUCAGGUGCUCAUGGUGGCGUAUAGCGACAACUCUGUUCGCCUCUACGACCUCCCAUCGUACGUUUGA